ACUCAUGCUAUAUAAUAGUUAAUUUUUUUCCAUGAAAUAUUAAAUAAUUUGUAUUGGUCUGAUAAGAGCGUUAAGUAUAAAGUGCGACACGCGAGGGUUUUCAAUAUUAAACGGCUUGUGUCAGUCUGUCCGAUAUCGCCUGAACGGGCCUUUAGAACAUUUUGUAGAGUCAAGAGCGAUUUAUUUUUAGCACAGUCUAAAAUCGUAGCGUUGCUACGAAGUUCGCGAGUGAGUUUUGCAUCUUCGGCGAAAGUUAUCACCUAGGAUCUUCGUUUUCGUGAAGUGCGCGCAUAAGAAAUCGCUAUUGUGAAGAGAUUUUUGACAUCUCAUUACAGAUAUCCACAAUUUCACAAUUGUUAUAUUAUUUCAACUUUUAAUUUUCGGCUUGUUAUUAAGUUCCUUAAAAAGCUGAUCUCGAUUGUCGCUCGAACAAACUCAAAUACAAUUGGAUGACGAGGUAUAAACAAGCGGAAUUCGAGGAUGAAGAUAGUAGCAGCAUCGGCUCCGUCGCUCUAAAUAGCGAAGGAAUCAGUACAUCUGCUACGCAUAUAAGAUAUCAUACAGGUACAACGAUGUGGAAGGCGAGAACUGCUUUGGAGAGAUGCCUUCUCAUAAUUUGCGCUGUUUUAUUUCUAACGAUCAUAGUACUCGCUAUCGUGAUCAGCAGCAAAAGCGGUUGGGAUGAAGCACAGAUUCUUCAUGUCACUCCUCAUGGAGAAGAUGGCUCACAUUGCCUCACAGAACACUGUGUAACGGUGGCAGCGUCCCUAAUUAAUAGUAUAGAUUAUUCCGUCGAUCCUUGUGAUGAUUUCUACGAAUACGCUUGCGGUGGUUGGAGGAAGAAAAAUCCCAUUCCGGAUGGGAAAAGUGUCUGGGGCACGUUCGGCAAACUGGACCAGGACAAUCAACUGGUCGUCAAGAAUGUUCUCGAGAAACCGUUCAGCGAGAUGAAGUCGAAGGCUGAGAAGAAAGCCAAGUAUUUUUAUCUGUCCUGCAUGGACGCGAAUGAGACUAUCGAGGCCCUCGGAGCUAAGCCGAUGCUGGAAUUGUUGGAAAACGUCGGCGGGUGGAACGUUUCCGGCAAAUUCAACAUAAGCACGUGGUCCCUGCAAAACAGCAUGCACGUCCUGCAAAACGUUUACAAUAUGGGCGGUCUGUUCUCCUGGGCCGUGAACGAGGACGACCGAAACAGUACUAGACACAUAAUCCAGAUCGAUCAAGGAGGCUUAACCCUACCAACCGCAGACAAUUACCUCAACGUAACCGAGCACGGCAAGGUCCUGGCUGCCUAUUUGGACUACAUGACAAAGAUCGGCGUGCUCUUAGGUGGCGAGGACAACUCGACGAAGAAACAGAUGCAGGCAAUAAUCGAUUUCGAGACGAGACUCGCGAAGAUCACUAUACCGCCCGAGGAACGCAGAGACGAGGAGAAGCUCUACAAUCUGAUGUCGUUGAAUGAAUUGCAACGUAAAGCACCCUUCAUGUCGUGGGUGGAUUACUUUCAAAAUGCUACGCGCAUCGUGAAUAAGAAGAUUAACAGUAAAGCGAUGAUAGUGAAUUUUGCACCGGAAUAUUUUGUGCAACUGACGAAACUCAUACACGAGUACAACAGUACGACUGACGGGAAAAUAAUAUUGAAUAACUAUCUGGUUUGGCAGACCGUGAGGUCCUUUACAGCGUACCUGUCAAAACCAUUCCGCGAAGCUUACAAGGGCUUGCGAAAAGCUUUGCUCGGUUCGGAAGGUCGCGAGGAACAGUGGCGUUACUGCGUUACCGAUGUUAAUAACGCCAUGGGUUUCGCUAUUGGAGCAAUGUUCGUCAGAGAGGUUUUCCAGGGCAAGAGUAAACCCAUGGCGGAAGAAAUGAUCAAUCAGGUUCGCAAGGCGUUCACGAAAAAUCUGAAAAAUCUAGAUUGGAUGGACGAGGAGACGAGAAAAGCCGCAGAAAAGAAGGCAAAUGCUAUUACCGACAUGAUCGGCUUUCCAGACUUUAUUCUACAACCCAGCGAGCUCGAUGAACGCUAUAGAGAUCUGGCGGUCAAACAGAACGAAUACUUUCAAAAUAAUGUGCGCGUGAAUAAGUAUGUUUUACGUAAGAAUCUCGAGAAGCUCGAUCAAGUGGUGAAUAAGACCACUUGGAUAAUGUCGCCGCCGACCGUGAACGCUUAUUAUACGCCUACCAAGAAUCAAAUCGUCUUUCCCGCUGGUAUUCUUCAGAGUCCGUUUUACGAUAUGGAGAACCCGAAUAGUUUGAACUUUGGCGGCAUAGGUGUAGUCAUGGGACAUGAGUUAACACACGCUUUUGAUGAUCAAGGUCGGGAGUACGAUUUACAUGGAAAUUUGCAUCAGUGGUGGAACGAUGCCACGAUAGAACGGUUUAAAAAUAGAACAGAGUGUUUCGUGGAACAGUAUAAUCAGUAUCAAGUACAAGGUCGAAAUAUAAAUGGCCGACAGACCUUGGGAGAGAAUAUCGCCGACAAUGGGGGCCUUAAGGCAGCGUAUCACGCUUAUCUUUCGAUGCCUAAAAGCUACAAAGAUCAACUGCCGCUACCCGGUCUCAAUCUGACGCAUCGUCAACUAUUCUUCCUGAAUUUCGCAAAGGUGUGGUGCUCCGCUAUAACAACCGAGGCAAUGACUCUCCAGAUCGAAAAGGAUUCCCACAGUCCGCCGAGGUAUAGGGUGAUAGGACCACUUUCGAACCUGCCAGAAUUCGCGAUGGAAUUCAACUGCCCUAAGGACUCGAAGAUGAACCCGGUUCAUAAGUGCGAAGUGUGGUAACGCCUCGUAUUUUCUUUCAGACUGAUUCAUUGAUGAUUCAAGUUCGGUUUGAGCUUGAUUUCUAGCGCCGUGGUAUGGGACCGUUCGCGGCUUUCUAUGCGCCGUUGCAUAAGAGAGGGAGAUACAAUACACACGUCGUAAAACACGGAACUUGCUUCUGGCAUCGAACUGUGCGUUUUCCUUUGCAUAUCAUAUACUUAUCAUAUGUGGGGAUAGCCGCUUGAAGUUUACGAUUUCUUUAAUGUGCAUAAUUUUGCACAAUUUUCAAAUUGUUAAAAAAAGUCUUUUUGGCUACUAGAUUAUACAGAUUAUCCUAAUUUAAAA